AGUGGAGGGACAGUCUCCUUCUGGUUCCCAUUACAAUGAUCAAGUGUGCCGUGCUGCUGCUCCGCAGUGCUUCUCUCGACACUCCGGCAUACUGUGGAUCCUCUGCGCCUCUGUCAGUGCUGACGACUGUGAAGUAGCCAUGCAUGUUACCUGGGGGAUUUUGGCUCUCUUCUCCACCUGGUGACAGGUACUUGGACAUUUAAUUUCUGUCACCAUCUGGCUAUUCCAGUCCCUUCACACCCUAGAAUACAGUCAGCCAUGCUGGAUGCAGCUGAAUAACGAGUAGCAUUGGGGGGAGAAACUCCAGUUUUUCUUAACUCCCAUCAAAGGACUGCUAUUUUUGUGUUAGAAUGAGAAACUGAGCAGGGACAAAGUGAAAAUAAAGUAAGACCGAAGGGGCCAAAGUGCUUGUGUUGGUGACAGAAAAGAAGAGCCAUCCUUUCAGUAGGUUGGCAGUAUCUGAGGCAGCCAGGCCCUGAGGAUGACCAGCCUGUUCAGGCGCAGCAGCAGCAAUGGAGGUUCCAGAAACAGUGGAAGUGGUGGUGGGGGCGGCAGUGGACAGGGGCAGCUCAACAACAGCAGGCCCAACAGGCAGGUCCGCCGCUUGGAGUUCAACCAGGCUAUGGAGGACUUCAAGACCAUGUUCCCCACUAUGGACUAUGAAGUAAUUGAGUGUGUGCUGCGUUCCAAUAAUGGAGCUGUGGACGCCACCAUCGACCAGCUGCUCCAGAUGAGCAUUGAUGGACAGGGCUCAGAUGACAGCUCGGACUCAGAUGACAGCAUCCCACCAGAGAUUCUAGAGCGGACGCUUGAACCUGACAGUUCAGAUGAGGAACCGCCUCCAGUCUACUCUCCACCAGCGUAUGAUAUGCACAUUUAUGACAGGAAAUACCCAGAAGCCCCACCAACACCCCCACCAAGAUUUGAAGCCCAGCUGCCUCCAGGUCACCAGCAGGUCAGAAGCUACCGGAACUGGAACCCUCCUCUGCUUGGAAACCUCCCAGAUGAUUUCCUGAGGAUCCUCCCACAGCAGUUAGACAGUAUACAGCAGAGCUCUCAGACCAGUCUGUCACAGCCCUCAUCAUCAUCCUCUUCUUCGGUCUCUUCAAUAAGCCACUGGACAGCCCAGUCAGGUUCGCAGUCUGGAGCCGCGGGGACCACCGGAGGCCCAGGUCUGACAGCGGGAGCUACAGAGCAAGACAAGAAACUGAAGCAGUAUCUGGAAGACGAGCGCAUCGCCCUGUUCCUACAGAACGAGGAGUUCAUGAGAGAGCUGCAGCGAAACCGGGAGUUCCUCAUUGCCUUAGAGAGAGAUCGCUUGAAGUAUGAAUCAAAGAAAUCAAAGUCCAAUCAUUCAUCUAGCAUGGAGAAUUCCACAGGAGAACAGUACUCUGCAGCUUCAAUGGAGGCUGCUUCAGAUGAUGCCCUGUUCAGAGACAAACUCAAACACAUGGGCAAAUCAACGAGAAAGAAGCUGUUUGAAAUUGCCAGAACCUUCUCAGAAAAGACAAAGAGGAAAAAGUCAAAAAGGAGGAUGCUCCUGAAGCACCAUUCACUGGGCACAGCCAACUCCACAGCCAAUCUCCUUGAUGAUGUAGAAGGAAACCCCUGUGAGGAAGAUGGUCAACCUGGAAGAGCAGUCACUCAGGAAGAGAAAGAACAACGCAAUGAGCCAGUAUCAUGAUCCUCCCAUGCUGCACCAUAUCAUGGUUACCAUGGCGACGGCAGCAUGACCCAUGGGUGGUGCUUGGAGCUCUUCUUGUCCCCAUGUGCGCACCCUAAUACAAACCAGCCAAUGUGAGGCUCAGCAGUGAGUGGAGAACCCCUCCUUCCCAGGGAGAGGAACUGGACUGUUCCCAGCAUUGGGCUAACUGUCUAUAAAUGAGUUAUCUCUGUAUUAUAACACUUUGUUGAUAUAUCAUUUUAAAUGUAAAGGAAAAUGCAUUAGUCCUUACCAGUAUUUCUUAAUUGCUUCCUCUAAACCUCCACUGAGAGGAACACUAGCUGUAGUGAUGAACUUGCCAUAUGAACCUUUGUUACUUUUCCAGUCCUGUACAGUAGCAAACUGUAUGUUUCAGAUUAGGGUCCCUCAGGCUGGGCAUUUCAUAUCCAAAGUGUGCUCAUGCCCCUUUAUAUACACUAAACCAUGUAGAGCUUUUUUACCAUGUUUUCUUAAUCAGAUUGUAAUAUUUUGCAGUUUCUGAAUGUCAGGGGUUAUGUAACUGAAAUUCUUAUGUGUCAGACUAUUGUGGCCAUUAAAGUUGGGGAUGCCCAAAUGUCAACACUUCUCCAUAGCCAUUAUAACUAGUCUAUCACACUUAGUGUACUGUGUUCAUACAAAGCAUGUGUUAAGCAGUUUAAUCCAAUGCUGCAGAGUUUGGGCCAUUGUACAAGUUUGGUUUGUUCGGCAAGAUAACAACAAUGUGAAUCUUUUGUAGCACUACUAACAGCACAGCUGCACAGGUAAAGCUCAUGAUUAGCCCCAUAAAAUCAAGUCAGGAUGACAGAACAACAGAUAAUGUUCAGACAGCUUCAAAGCUAGGGUUAAUUAAGAGUGUAGUUUAUACAAAGUGUUGUUUAACCACAUCUAAAGGCAGAAGUGUUGAUACCUCCUCUGAAUGGGUACACUCGAAAUCUGUCCUUAUUCAUUCAGGGUGAUUCACUUGGUUUUACACAUGCAAACUGACACAGUUCUGUGAUUAAUCAAGCAUUUUAUAUGAAGCAUAUUGAUGGAUCCCUUGUGAGAAGGAAGGUCAGUUUUUUUUUCUUCAGUCACAUAUGGCUGCAUUGUACCUGCAGGCAGAUCAAAUCAAUCCAUUGUUUCAAUUUCAUCCCAACACAAUAAUGAUUUUCAAGAUGGUUUUCAUAAUGUAGUGAAAUGACUAAAAAGCAGCUGCUGCAGAAGGUAAAAAUGUUACAGAAAUCUAAAAAGAAAGGAGACCCACUAUUGUAAGGAACCAGAGUUUGACUCCCGGUGGCAAUACUUAUUUUUUUUUGUUUGUACAGUCCAACAAACAUAAUUUGCCGUGUUCAUACGGUGGGAAGCCAGUGAGGGUUCUCAGCCUUGUCACUGCACGAGUGAUCUUGCUUGCUGGUUAGGGCACUGUAACUGAAUGAAGUAGAAAUGAACCUCUGACAUGUUCCACCCCCAUGUGAAGCCUGUUGCUAACAGGUGGAGACACCAUAUGUCACAGAGGUAGCACAUGUCUGUCUGCAACCCUCCCCAGGAUAGCAGGACUGUUAGCAGUGGCCAGUUGCAUAGUGUGGCACUCAAUGUUAGGUAAAACUGUGUGUCCAAAAUCCACAGUAAAAGUUUGAGAAUAUUACAGUAUGCUGAGGAGAAACAUGAAGGACAUUCUGUUUCAGCAUUGUGAAUUCCAUACACUUCAGAAUAAAUACUGACAUAUGAUUGGCUGCAAGGUCUCAGCUUCUGCCUCUUACCCAUUUCCCCUUGCAUUUUUAAAGUCAUUUCCUGUAGUUAGAUGGGAUUAUGUGUUCAAGUCCUGCAUUUUUGGGCAUUACUGAAAUGUUUUUCUUGACAAAAACAUUGUUGUCACCUCGCCUAAUGGACCAAACUGAGUCUGAAUCCUCUGCUCUAAACAUGCUCGCUGUGAGCUUCAUUCACUGCUCCAUUAAUGCAGAACUUUGCUAACAUUCUGCCAGGUUUCAACAACUCUUGCUGUGAGACAUUUUGCAAGAUAUUCUGGAAAUAAGGUAUAUCACUCACACUACUUUGCCAUAUCGCAUAUUGUCCCUUGAGUCUUUGAACUAGUCCUUUUGAGCGAUGGGGAACACAUUUCUAACAUGUAUGUUCUUACUGUGAAUAAUGGCAGUUGAGGAAUAUGUCUGAGAAAGCAUCUUAAAGGUGAUUGGAUGAUCACCCUUUGAAGACUCAUUCUGAAAGGAUGCUAAUAAAACUAGAACUGAAGUUGAUCAAAAUGAAAAUACAAAAAAAAAAAUGCUUGUGAGAUUCACAUCUACCCUGUGGUACACAACCCUUCUCUGAAUACUCUUCAUUUGUGUGUGUAGAUGUGAAACUAGUAUGGAUUAAAGAAGUAGUAAAAGUGUGUAACCUGUGUGAGCAGAAGGUGCUAGGAGAGGAACAGAAAAUGUGUUAAUAGAAGGUUCCAAGAAAAACAGACUGAAUUUAAGCUUGAAACUAAAUGGAUAAAAGAAUGUUUCCUUUCCCUGUGCAUAAAAUCUUUUUGUAUUACUUCAACAAUUCAAAUUAAACUCUCUGAAAGUU